AUCUUGCGCCAAAAAACUGGCCGUGUGCCGCGGUACUCUUGCAGUAACGUGACCUAGAAGUAUUGUAAAGAUGACCACGCUGUUAAGAACCUCUCCUUGCGGGCUGAAGGCUGGUGUCAAGCCCUUCACCGCGGACGCUCCAUGCCUUGUGGCUAGGCUGCGGAGCUCGCCAUCCAGCAGCGGGCGCACGGCUCUGAGCAGCGGGAGUUUCCUUGUGAAGCCGUCGCUCCAAGCAGAGAGCCAAGCAGUGCCAUCGGUAGCCUGCCGAUCGCUGGAUCCUCGUGGAGGGGGCAAGGCUGCGGGCUUCCAGUUCAAUGCCGCGUAUGCUGCCAUCGUCGGGACAUACGGGCUCCUCUUCCUGUUCAAGAACCCCUACAUCUUCGCGGCGCUUUCCGUGCUGACUAUCAUCCCCCAGAACUCCGCCAUCACCUCGCUCAACAGCCUGGUUAUCCUGUUCUACGAGAGCGGGCUCUUCAUGAACUUCGCCGAGGCGGUCUACUGCGUGCGCCUCAUGACGUGGCUCUCCAUCGCCUGCACGCUCAUCUCGUUCGCUAUCUUCUCGUAAGCGACAGCUGGAGGCACAGGACUACACGCUAGCAGCGGCGUGGCAGGAGGCGUGGAGCCGGGAGGUGAAAGGCUGUGAGGGAAGGGGUGGAGGGUUCGGGCGUUGGCAGGGGGGUAAACGCGGCUGAAUUGUAGAGGAGCGGACACAGUGCUGCGACAUCUGACGCGAGAGACUGCGCCCGCGCUUAUGUUAACUGUGUUGGGCCAGGCGUGCGUGCACGGUAUGCGUGCACGAUAGAGUGCACGUAAGGACUGGCGGUGGCAAUCGUCCAGGUGAUGGGCUUGCUUGCAUUGGGGGACACGCCACGCCUUCGACCCGAGGGGAGCUCGGACAGCAGGCAAUAAGCUGGCUGUACCGAUUGGACGCGAGAUCACCAUAAGACCGAUUGUAAAUGUAAAUGUAU